UUUACGUACGCUAAAAUCGCAACUUUGUGUAUAAAAGGCGAACGUCGAGUCGAGCAGUCAGUCAGUCGAGUCUCUGAAAGCGCAGCUAAGAAGACGUGUUGAGUUUUUGAUUUGUUUGAAAAAUAGUAGCUAAGAUGAGGAGUUUAAUUCUGUGCUGUGCUCUGGCCGUUGUCGCCCUCGCCGCGCCCCAGGACAAAUACACCACAAAGUACGAUAAUGUGGACAUAGAGGAAAUCCUCAAGUCAGAUCGCCUCUUCAACAACUACUUCAAGUGUCUCAUGGAUCAGGGACGAUGCACUCCGGACGGAAGUGAACUGAAACGCAUCCUUCCUGAAGCCCUUGAGAGCAACUGCACCAAGUGCAGCGAAGCACAGCGUCGCGGAUCUGAGCGCGUUCUGCGGUUCGUCAUUGACAACAAGCCAGAGCAGUGGAAGCAGCUCCAGGCCAAAUACGAUCCCAAGAAUGUCUACGUGAACCGAUACAGGGAACAAGCAAGAAGUAUGGGUGUCACCAUUUAAAUAUCUUCCCACUCUCCAGGCUUGCAAUCUUCCCCACACCUUCUCUGGUGGUCACAGGCUUCUAUUUGAGUCUCUAUCCUCCUUCCUGCUUCAACACAACUGCACCUCUUCAACUGAAUAAUAAUAUGGUCUAGUUGUUCUACUCUCUGGCGCAAUUGUACAGAAAACAAGCACCUCUUAACAUAUCCUCAAAAAAAAAACAUCCCCAUUCUUUUGGCCAAAACACUCAAAAUUUAACAUCCUUUCUUACAGAAUAAGAGGCUGACACACGGAUGACUCCUCAUGUGAACAAAAUCGACGAAAUUAACUCUCAUUUCUUAAUUUUUCUCUCAAACUGUUAUUGCUAGUGUUUGCCCUAUUUUUUUGUUAAUAAAAAAACAACUCUCUAUUCCAUAAUCUCAA